GCCGUCGCACGCCGGAAGUGGCGGUGGGAUCGGUGAGGUGUCGGCCGGCGGGGCAGCGGCCCGGGAGUGGGGGGGGGCGGGCGCGUUGGUCAUGUUUACCUUCGGGCCCGGUAGUCCGGGAGGGGAUGGGACGGCCGGAACCGGGACUGAGGAGCCGGCAUCCCAUGCAGGGCAGGCAACGGCAGCGGGGCCGCUCCCUUCCCCGCCCGCGCCGCCGCAGCCCGAGGCUGACGCAGCCCCUCCCCCGUCGCCCUCCCGGAGCCCUCGCCGUCCCGGCGUCCCCUCGCUGCCCCCGGCCGCACACCCCGGGGAGCUCGAGCCUCACGCAGCUCUGGACUCCUCUGCAGCUUCCACCCAGGGAGAGCCGUCACCGCCCUCCCCAGCGCGCCGGCGACCCGGGCCCGACUGCAGGGCGGGGGGCCGGGGCCGCCACGGCCUCGGUGCCCGGCUGUUCGGGUGGCUGAGAGAACGCAGUCUGGGCCACGGGCUGUUCGUGGACCCGGCGCGGGACAAUUUCCGCACCAUGACUAAUCUCUAUGGUUCCAUCCAUCCCGCGGACUCGGUGUACCUCAGCACCCGUACCCACGGCGCGGUCUUCAACCUCGAGUACUCCCCCGACGGGUCAGUGCUGACUGUUGCUUGUGAACAGACUGAAGUUCUGCUUUUUGACCCUAUAUCUUCAAAGCACAUAAAAACACUUUCUGAAGCUCAUGAAGACUGUGUAAAUAAUAUCAGAUUUCUUGAUAACCGGCUGUUUGCUACCUGCUCUGAUGACACUACAAUAGCACUGUGGGAUCUGAGAAAAUUGAACACCAAAGUAUGCACUUUACAUGGUCACACUAGCUGGGUGAAGAACAUCGAAUAUGAUACUAAUACAAGACUCUUAGUAACAUCAGGAUUUGAUGGAAAUGUCAUUAUUUGGGACACCAACAGGUGUACAGAAGAUGGGUGUCCACAUAAGAAAUUCUUUCACACACGUUUUCUCAUGAGAAUGAGAUUAACACCAGAUUGUUCGAAAAUGUUGAUCUCAACGUCCUCUGGAUAUCUCUUGAUUUUGCAUGAUCUUGACUUAACCAAGUCUUUAGAAGUAGGCAGCUAUCCUAUUUUGAGAGCAAGAAGAACUACAUCAAGUUCAGAUCUGACCACUUCAGGUUCAUCUGGUCCUAGAGUUUCUGGUUCACCUUGUCAUCAUAGUGAUUCUAAUUCAUCUUCUGAGAAACACAUGUCACGAGCCUCACAAAGAGAAGGAGUUUCACCACGAAAUAGUCUUGAAGUCUUAACCCCAGAAGUUCCUGGUGAGAGAGACCGUGGAAACUGCAUCACAUCCUUACAGCUGCACCCGAAAGGCUGGGCCACACUCCUUCGGUGCUCAAGCAACACUGACGACCAGGAGUGGACUUGUGUCUAUGAAUUCCAAGAAGGAGCUCCCGUGCGACCUGUCUCCCCUCGCUGUUCUCUACGACUAACUCAUUACAUUGAAGAAGCCAAUGUAGGCAGGGGUUAUAUCAAAGAACUUUGCUUCAGCCCUGAUGGGCGGAUGAUUUCUUCCCCACACGGCUACGGGAUUCGCUUGUUGGGAUUUGACAAACAGUGCAGUGAACUUAUUGACUGUUUGCCCAAAGAAGCCAGUCCCCUGCGGGUGAUCCGUUCUCUGUACUCUCAUAAUGAUGUGGUACUGACGACAAAGUUCUCUCCAACACAUUGUCAGAUUGCCUCAGGGUGCCUUAGUGGACGGGUUUCUUUGUAUCAGCCAAAGUUUUAGGCACAACUUACAUCAAAUAAGGAACUCUUCUGGUGUUUGACUUAUGAAUUACUUCAAUUCAGGUGAAGUAUUUUCUUUUUAGAAGAUCUUGAAAGUUUGGGUCAAGAUCCCAGUUCUUAUGGGUCCAUGAACACACCUGUGACCUGAGUACUUGGUCGUCCAGCAUCGCAGGGUCCUCGCCAAGGUAGACUCCCUGCAGCAGCAUCUUUUGCCGCAUUCCUUUGCUCCUGCUCACCUGUGCCGCCUGAACUUCCGUUCUGCUUCUUUUGCAUGGUAGCUCUUGUCAGGUUUCUCUUCUUUCCUUGUUUUUUUUUUUUGGAUUUUGGUGUGAGUUUCGUGGACGUCUGGCAGGAGUUUGGGCUGGGUUAGGAGAAACCCGUGGCACUAGUGUUGAAUAAAACCCAGAAGUUUGAUGUCAGCAUCCUGGUCAUUGAAAAAGAAAUUCCAUCUUCACUGAGUAUACUUUGGCCUUUUAAAGUUGCUGUUAUGUUUCUCUAUAAUGAGCACAGAUAAUGGCAUUAUUCUCAUAACUGUUAGUCUUACAACAAACUGUCUUUUAAGUUUCCUGUUAAAAUUAUACAUAUUUUUUCACCGUAGGGGAAUUUUGUUGUGAAAUUCUGGAAAAAAUAAUUACCACCUCUCUUUGUAAUUUACUUGUACGAAUUUAAAAAUCUCUAGCAUGUGUCCUUACUUGGUACUUUGUUCCUGUCAAAAACAUUUAGAAAGGAAAAGAGAAGGAAUGGGCUUUGGUCAUUUCUGCUACAUAAAAGAGGAUUCAUUAGGUUAGUACACUACCUGGUCACAGAGCGAUGAGAACAGUGUGGCUCAGAGUUUCUGUUUUCUCUGCCAGACAAUUGGACUCACUCAGGGUGACAAGUUAUAGUAUCGGGGUGGGGGGGGGGAUUGAGAGUAAAGAGGUUGUGUUUUACUCUUUAUUCCUUGAACCCGGUGGCACAAGCUCAGCCCCCUUAGCAUCGGGGAGUGGGGAGCUGCAGUCCUCUCAAGCCUUGUCCUAACUACAGUAGUCAGUAACUUGGAUGUCAAAGCAAAGAGCCGACACGAAGACCUCCUGUGUUUGGUUAUGGAACACAGCAAGUAAAAAGGAUCAAGCAGGGGACAGUCACAGGGCUGACUGCUCUGCUGAAGUAAGCAGCUUUCUUCUAGUCUCCACUUUGGGUGGUAUUCUGUUUAGAAGGGAUCUGCCAGAGGCCGGAUCAAUUGAAGCCACAUGCUAGCUCUUUCCCUCUCAGAUCACAUUCUCUUAGGCCAGUGGUUCUCAAACAUCGGGUGCAUUACAAUCACUGAGGAGCUUGUGCAGAACAUAGAAACCUGGCCCUUAUCGUAGGAGGUUCUGAUUGAGCCAGGGAGAGGACAGGAAUCUGUAUUUUUAACAGGCACCUCAAGUAAUCUUUAGGUGGUCCCUGGGCCAGAGUUUGCAAAGUACUACCUUAAACAUUAGUAUUUCUGUACCUCUCAGGUGCUUGACUCCCAAAAGGUGUUUUGAUUAAAAUUGUAGGUAGAUGAAACCAAUUUUAGAGGUAGAAAAUGCAGUCAGUCUCAUUAUUUGAUCUCAUUGGAUGAAUGAGAAAAGUUAAGUGACUUGCCUAAAGUCAUCUGAUAAAAUCAGUGGCAGAGCCAGAACUUGAAUUCAAGUCUCCUAACUCCUUGUUCAGGGCAAUUUCUACUGUAUUCUGCUGGCUGUUAAGUCAAUGAUUUAUGAACACUUUGUCUUUAAGUUGUAUUUCUGUGACUACCCUUAAACUGGUCAAUAGAUUGAAAAAGGUGUGGAAGUAGAUGCUGAGAAUUCCAGCCGUAAGAAAAGUAUCUUAAAUCUUAUAGAAAUGCCAAACCAACCCAAAUACAUGAAUAAAACUGACAUUUCUUUGUAGGAGCCACCAGACAAGUGGACGGAGCUUACAUCUCACUUGGAACAAUGUUGUCUCUAGGACAGAUUGUAAAAUAAAUCAUUUCACCAUGGAUGUUAAACUAAUUGGAAUUUUUUAGCCAGCAAGAAAAGUACCGCAAAGUACAAUGAAAACAUAGGUUUGCCAUAAACUUUAAAAAAAAACCAA